GAUUCACAUUUGUACACAGCAGACGCGGGGAGAGACUUCAUUAAGCGAGAUUUAAAUUGGUUGGCAGCGAGCGUCUAAAAGUUAUUUGCAUAAACAAAGCGCAGUUGAACAAAACGCUAGCAAAGCGGACGCGCGAAGCGAUUAAACGGAAGAAAAAAAUAUUACGGCAAAAAAUAACAAAAUGAUAAAUAUUACGAAAAUUGGAUAUAAAUAGAAUACUGUGCAAAGCGAACUAGAACUAAACGUGUACACAUAUGUUUUCUUUUUUUUAUAGACCAACAAACGUUUUCUAAUGCUAGUAGCUUCUGAAAUAUAUAAUACACGACAACAACAACAAGAAAAUCCAACUACGUUUUGCAUCCGGACUUGGCGUAAUUCUAAUUCAAUUUUCGCCUAGUUUAUAAAUAAUUUUUGCAGCAAGACAAACGAGCAGACAAAAGAGUCAAAGAACAAGGAGAUAGGAGCUAGAAUGGUUGACUCGGAUGUGGAGCUGGAGAAAGUGCCACGCCUUGGUCUGCGUCAUUUGCAGGCGUUGCUGCUUUUCCUGGGACUGGUCGUCAAUACCACACUACAGUUCAAUGUGGGCGUGGCUGUGGUGGCCAUGACAAAUGCCACGUCUGUAAAUGCCGAGCUGCCCCACUACAACUGGACGGAGCCCCAGAAAUCGUAUGUGCUGUCCAGCUUCUACUGGGGCUCGGCAUUGACACAAUUUGCCGGUGGUUACCUCUGCAAGCGUUUUGGCGCCAAGACCGUGCUCUUUUGGGGCAGCUUUGGAUCGGCGCUGCUCAGCGCAUGGACGCCCCAAGGUAUUUAUAUGGCCGGGUGGCGCGCCUACUGUGCCAUACGUCUGAUGCAGGGCCUCUGCCAGGGCCUGACAUUGCCCUGCAUACAUCAGCAUCUGGCCAACUGGGCGCCAGCGGUGGAGCGCACGCGCUUGGGCGCCUUCGCAUAUACGGGCUUCGAUUGCGGCAACGUGCUGGCCAUGUAUGCAGCCGGCAUGUUGGCCAGCUCCAGCCUGGGCUGGCCAGGCAUCAGCUAUGUGUCGGCCGCAUUGGGUCUGAUGUGGUGCCUGCUGUGGCUGCUGCUGGGCGCCAAUCGCGCCAGCGAGGCGCGCUGCAUUGGCCGAGCGGAACAGCGUUACAUUGUGGGCGACCUGCAGCGCAGCGUGAGGCGAGAACGCAAGCUGGCCAUACCCUGGCGUGGUAUAUUCACCUCAGCGCCAUUUUAUGCGCUGCUCUGCGCCCGCUGCGCCGACACGUGGGGCCUGGCGACAAUGCAGGCGGAGCUGCCAGCCUAUCUGAACGGCGUGCUGGGCCUGGAGAUGCACAGCAACGCGUUCUUCUCGGCGCUGCCCUUCCUGCUGAUGUGGGCCAUGUGCUAUGUCUACCUGAUCAUCGCGGAUGUGCUGCUCCAGCGACGCUGUCUCAGCCUCACAGCGCUGCGCAAGACGUACAACAGCAUUGCGCUGUGGACACCAGCCGCCAUCAUGUUGGCCCUCGGCUUUGUGGAUGCCACACAGAAGCCGCUGGCUCUGGCACUGGUCACACUCAGCGUGGGCGUCAGCAGUGCGGCGACAAUUGGCAGCGAACUUAACACAAUUGAUCUAUCGCCCGUCCAUGCGAGCAUCCUGUCUGGCAUCUCGAGCACCUUCACUAACCUGGUGGCAAUGCUAACGCCCCUUGUGGUGGGCGUGUUGGUAAAGCAUCCAACAGAGCGUAGUGAGUGGCAGCUGGUGUUCAGCAUUGCCGCCGCGGUUCUCUUUUCCGGCAAUGUGAUCUACCUCAUUUGGGGCACCGCCGAGACGCAGCCCUGGAAUGACAAUGAGUCGAAAAGCGAGGCGGGGAGCGACUUUGAAGAUGCCAAACUGGAGAUAGCUGCUGAGCCGACUUAUAAAAAGACAUGAAUAUAGAAAUUCAUUGAACAGAAUUACUUAAACUAUGUUAUUCUUACGAAAGACUAUCGCAGGAUCGUAUUCAAAUUGCCAAAAUCUAAGCUAAUUUCAAAUAGGUCCAAUACGCUUAAGCAUGUAAAGUGAAAAGACUUUAAGCCCUUGCAGUGUAGCCAAAAAAUAUUAAAAUUGUUCAACAAAGUUUAUAAAU